CAAACAUGUCACCUGACAGUCAUGUGAUUUAAAAAGAUGGUGGAUGUCAUAAAGCCUAAUCUCGUGACUAUGACUGUUCUUUAUGAUGAUUUAUGAUUUCCCUUCUGCUUAGAUUUCACCAAGUAAUUACUAUUUUUUAAGUUUAUAUUUAGUUUGCGUUUUAAAAGUAGAUCUAUUCCAAAUACCGGUAGCGGUACACAAAGAUAUUUUAAUGAAAAACAAACGGUUUGAUACUUCUGAAGUAUAUUAAGUCAUACCGAAGGCGGAGAACUUACAGACGAAGCAGUUUAAAGGGAUUUACUAGCCUUUUAGGGCUAAAGAAGUUCCCUAGACGACAAAAGAUUGUCAUAAACAGCCACAUUGAACAUAAUUUUGGUGGUACCAAUGUAAAUGGAAUGACAACAAGUUUCAAGGUUGAACACCAUUAUGACAGAGGUGCUGUUUAAAGUGCUGAUUAUUGGCGACCCCACAGUGGGCAAGACCUCAUUUGUACACAGAUAUGUCAACAACCUCUUCAGGAGGGACUACAAAAUGACCAUUGGAGUUGAUUUUGCCUUAAAGGUGAUCAAGUGGUCUGAUUCCCAGAACAUAAAACUGCAGCUGUGGGAUAUAGCAGGUCAGGAGCGGUUUACAUCAAUGACACGGGUGUACUACAAGGAUGCCCAUGCUUGUAUUGUGAUGUUUGACCUGACACACAGACCCACGUUCCAGAACACGGUGAAGUGGAAGGAAGAUCUAGAUCAAAAGUGCACUCUCCAGGACGGCACGUCUGUACCCUGCCUCCUUCUCGCUAACAAGAGUGACCUGAGUAACCGGGAGGUGGACCAGUCUGAGAUUGAGGAGGUCUGCAAAGAACAUGACUUUGUUGGCUGGACUGAGAUCUCUGUCAAGGAGGGACUUAUGGUGGAUGAAGCCAUGAGGUUUUUGGUAGAAGAGAUGAUGGCGAAGCACUCGACUCUUGAUGAUUUUUCUGAGUCCUUGCGUCUCUCCUCCUCACCGACCAUCCGUCCAUCUGCCCAGGACAAACCCCAGCAGUCUGGUUGCAAAUGCUGACAACAACUUCACUCUAGAAUCAUAGUUAUUGUGUUUGAAUGUUCUGUAGUAGAGACUUUGUUUUGUUUCAUGCUUUCCGAUGGUUUAUUGAAAUACAAUGAUGUAUUGCAUCGAGAUAAACUCACCAUUUGAAACACUGAGUUUAUCAAAAUAUAUUUUUUCUGUUUUCUCAGUUUUUUCCUGUUUUAUUGGCUAAUAUAAACACAGACAAUGACAUCAUAUAAUUUCGUUUUUGGUUGAAAAUUCAAUAACAUAUCAAAUAAAUUUUGUUUUUAUAAAUUAUAAGCAUGAAAUAAAAAUAAAAAUUGUUUGUUUCUGUGUAAGAUUGUAAUUAAUAUCACCUCAUUAACACCAAAAGUAAAUAUUUCACUCAUGGCGCUAACUUGGUGAAAUAUUUUGCAUAUCUUAAAUUAAAACAAACAAUAAUCCUGUGUAUAAUAUCAUGAUACUGGUGCAAUAUUGUGAAGUGUUUACUGGAUAUUAAGUAUAAGAGUACUCAUUCCUAGGUCUACCAGUGUGGAUGUAGGUCUACCAGUGUGGAUGUAGGUCUACCAUGGUGUUUUUUCCGUCUGUUUAUAGGUCUACCAUCAUGUUUAUCAGUGUGUUUGUUGGUCUACCAGCAUGUUUGUAGAUCUACCAGCAUGUGUGUAUGUCCACAAGUGUGUUUGUGAGUGUCUAAAUGGUAUUUAGUUUCAUUCCAGUAUACUCAGGCAUGCAGUUCAUGCAAAACAGUUAACAACUCCUGUAUUAAAUGAGCGGCUGAGCAGGAAGAUUAUAUACAAACUUUUCCAGCGAUGCACGAUGUCUUUGUUGUGUUUUUGCAGUAUAAGGAUUGCUUUUAUUUUAAUAUUCUAAAGAUUGUUCACAUAACCGUCAAAUAACACAACUAUUUCACCUUUCAUCAAGUGACUGCACAAUGCAUAUCUAUAAUCAUGAAAUCACUAGUAAAACAAAUGGCAUUUACCCUAAUAUCAUGUUAUCCAGGUUGUAUUUUUAAUUCAGACUAUUGCAUUAUAAAGCAGGAACUACCUCACUACACUGUCUACAUGUAUUCAACCAAUUGAUUUAAAAUCAGUAUUUUCGAAUCAUUGCUUGAGCAAUCACAGAAAACCGUUGUAUUAUAAUGUAUGCCUUAUUUAAUGAAGUUGUAGGUUGUGGUAUUAAACUACAUUGGUUAUUAUGUUAAUUUGGCAACUCCCGGAAAAUUGAGACAGGUACAUGUAUAUAAAAUGAAUACUCCCUAAGAAUGGAGAAUACAGUUAUAAUAUUCAUGAUUAUCAAUUUUAAUGAUCAAUAAUGUAGAAAAUUAUGGGUUCGCCUUGCAUGUUCAUAUUUUUAAUCAAAAUGUGUUUUUUUUCCCUCUCUCACUCACUCCGGAAUUUUUCAACCAACAUCUGUACAAAAAAAUAUUUGUUGCAGCCUAAUCAAACAUUAUAAAUGUAAUGUACUGAACAUGUUGUAUUGUUUCUACUGGUUUGUGAUAUCACUACAAACAACACCAUUGUACUGAACAUGUUGUAUUGUUUCUACUGGUUUGUGAUAUCACUACAAACAACAUCAUUGUACUGAACAUGUUGUAUUGUUUCUACUGGUUUGUGAUAUCACUACAAACAACACCAUUGUACAGAAGCAUGGCAUGUCCUGUGAAGUUUCAUUUACACUUUUGUCCAGAAUAACAGAGUUGAGCUUUUUUUCAGGAUUGUUAACUUUAUGACAAGCUUUAUGUGAAUUUUAGAUGAUUUUUAUAUAACUCUUACUUUUUUAUUAGCAGCAUAUACAUGAUUUUUCUGAUAAAUGUAAAAGGCUUUAAUGAUCAAGUUUUGAUUUCCUGUUUUUUACUGCUGACAUUACUGUAUGUGAUUCUUCUUCAAUGAAAUGCCAUUUAAUAUGGCUUCAAGUUUUAUUUCGUACAAUGCUUUCCAUUGAGCAAAAAGUCAAACUUACAGCUCUUGUUUAUUAUUAUAUGUGUAAAAUGUGUUUGACAUAACUGGAAAAGUUCAGUUUUACAUGUGUGAUAUACAAGGUUUCACAUUUGUAAAUGCUUUAUGCACUAUUGUAUGAGGAUAUUUUGAACGUACACACAUUUGGCAUGCAUAUUAACCAUUAAAGAUAAAUUUAUA